AUGGCCGUAGCAGCAGGUUUUCUUGCCGCCGUCGCCCUCGCGUCCCAGGCCCAUGCUUUUGGAUUUGGCUUGGAGAUCCCAGUCUACAACACGUUCCCCAACAUCUCCUCCUGCGUCAGCGAGCCAUUGUUUUACUCUUGCGAAAACAAGACGGAGAUCAAAAACACUUGCUGCUCGCCCACUCCCGGAGGUGUUGUUCUGCAGUCCCAAUUCUGGAGCACAUAUACGGGCUUGGAAAGCGAGGGCCAGCUGUUGCCCAAGGACAGCUGGACUAUCCAUGGUCUAUGGCCCGAUAACUGCGAUGGGUCUUACAACCAGUAUUGCGAUUUCUCGAGGCAGUACGACCCCGACCCGUCGCCCGCUGUUCUACCCAACGGCACAAUUAUACCCCCAUACCAUGGUAUCUCCGUCGAAAGCUGGAUCCUUGAGUUUGGAAGGUUCGACCUUCUCGACUACAUGAGCAAGUACUGGAUUAACCAAGGCGCAUCCAACUCUGAUUUCUGGGCUCAUGAGUUCUCGAAGCAUGCAACAUGCACGUCAACCUUUGAUGUUGCUUGCUACGGCCCCGACUACAAGGAACACCAGGAAGUCAUCGACUUCUACCUCGCUGUUGUCCGUGCCUUCCAGCAGUUCCCUACGUUUGACAUGCUUGCUGCCGCUGGUAUCUACCCGUCGAACACGACUACCUAUAGUCUCAAACAGAUCGAAGACGCGCUCAAGUCUCAGACGGGAGCCAUUCCUUAUAUUGGUUGUGGAGGCGAGUAUGGUACCGAUUUGGAAGAAGUCUGGUACUAUAACCACGUAAUGGGCACGGAACAAUUUGGCCGAUUCAAGAGUAUUGAUUCAGAUACUCCCUCAACCUGCAACACCACUAUGGGUAUCUGGUACUAUGAGAUUACCCCCACUUCUGUUCGCGAAGUCAGGACGGAGCCUUGUGCUGUCUUUUAA